AUGCCGCGGCCCAAUGCAAGCUGGAUGAUGGAACUGGCCCAAGAGGUGGAACGACUGCAGCAGCAGGUGGAAAGCUUGGGCCGCAACAGCCAGGUAAUUCUCAACCACCAAUGGCACCAAGUGGCACCAAGUGGCAUAGCAAAUGCCGCAAGCCUUUUGCAGACUCUUCGAGACCUGGUGACUCAAGUGGAUGCCUUUGCCAUUCCUGUCUGCUCCAAAGGCACCGAAGUGAAAAGGGGAAGUAUCGCCUCUGCGACCCCCAAGCCUUCCUGGAUCCAAGAGACCUUCGUGGGAGCUGCACGGCGCCAUAGCGGCCCCUGCCUCGGCCUCGGUGGCCUUGCGGCCGGCGCUGUGCCCCCAGCGCGGCGCCGCCUGUGGCGUGGCGGUCCCAGCCGCGGCUGCCGCGCCAUGGCGUCGCAGGCGUCGCAGUCUGCGGAGGUCGAUGUGCUGCUGCUGCUGGGGCAUGGCCAGUGCCCCUGGGGCGAAGGAGGCACCGAGACGAUGACGGCAGCAUUGGGAUUUGCGGAGCCUGUGACGUGGGAGGUGGCCAUCAAACAGUUGGCAUGGAAACUUCAGCAGGCGGUUCCUGGAUUAGAAGUGCAAAUCAGCUCUGGAGUAGAGAAAACCCAUGAUGCCAAGCUGGUGGUGCUGAUCAAUGUCGAUCCAGAGUCAUGUGAAUCACAAAUCACAGAUUGCAGCAACCGGCUGGUUUUAUCGGCUGGUAGCAGCGCAAUGUCGAAGUUGCUGCCACGAGCACCAGGCAUGCGCAGCGCAGGCGAGGUCCUCACCAGAUGUACUGACUUGUGGUCGCGAGAUACGGCGGAGGAUUGUUUCUAUGCUUUGCUGUUCGCCAUCCAUUUUUCAGUGACAGAUGUCCCCUUGGUGGAACAAGAGCCUCAAAUUGACAGCCUCGAGAAGGUGUGGCGUUUGUGCAGUCGAUGUCUCAAAGAAGCCAUCGAAGCCGGUCUGGAUGGAGAAGCACGUGCAUGCUUGGAAUGCCAAAAUGGCUGUGAUGUGCGCGACCAAACCCAGAUGUAUCGCUGCACGGUGAGCCACGAAUCGGAGCCAUUGGCCCAACUGGUGCGUUGCUUCGAGCGGCGCGGCAUCUUCGAUUGCGACGCGCAGAUCCCAGAAGUGCGCUUUGACCCCAUGGCGACCUUCCAGGGCUCCCCAUUGGAUCAUGAAAGCGCCUGGAAAAUCAUGGAAGGUCACUGGAUAGAAAGCCCGUGUUCAUGGCGACCGGUGCUGGGUCAGAAUCCGGCCUAUGAUUAUUUCCCCUCGCAGUACAACAGCUGGUACCGAGAUCCCAAGGGCAACCGCGGAUGGUACGAUCCCGUCUUCAAAGUCAUCACCUUGGAUGGACGGGAGGUCUGGCGAAAACGUCAUUACCGUGUCCUUCUGGGUGAUCUUCCCGGCAGUUUCCGGCUGAGCACCGAAGACAACGGCAUCAGCCUCCGGGAGUUUUGGCGCAUCGCCGACUGCGCGGAGGACCUCAGCUGGGCGGUCGUCCACUACGCCGGCGCCGCGCGCUCCGUGGGGCAGAGCUACACCGGCUCGCUGCUGCUGAGCCGCGACGGGAACGUGCCGCCCAAGGCGCCAAAGGAACGGAUCCGGAAGGCCUUUGAAAAGGCGGCUGUGGCCGCCUUCGAGCUUUACGCCAUAACGCAGGAUCAACUUUUCGAUCCCACUGCGCCCCUCACGGAAUUCCGAAGUCUGAAGAGAUAUUCGAAGAUGCAGCGAUCGCCUGAGAUGCACAUCAAUCCACCACCAGCGACGGUGCAAGACCUUUUGGAUUUUGGAAUUUUGGCUCAAGUCCACUGGGCUCAAAGUGGACCACUCAAACGAAAGUGCACCACGCAUCAAACUUCUUGGCGCCAUGAAGCUGUUGAACGUUCUCUUUCAGAGUCAGCGGGCUUCGGUGUCCCAGAAAAGGAGUCUGAUUUCAACAAAGACAAGGAGCUGGAUGCUGCAGACAGAAGCUUUGUUGCCAAUGGAGACAGCGAACCCUCAAAUGAUGAGGCCGAUGAGGCCGAUGAGGUGAACGUGAUCCUUCAAAAACUCGAUGCUGAAGCACUUGAAGCACUUGAAGCACUUGAAGCACUUGAAGCACUUGAAGCACUUGAAGCACUUGAAGCUGAAGAAGCUGAAGAAGGUGAAGCUGAGAAUGACAAGGAGAGAUCUGCCCGCCCUGGACGCCCCUGGCAUGGCGGAGAAGGCCUGCUGCCCUUGGCUGGGGCGGAGUUGCGGUGGCCGGUGCACGCUUUGGCGAACAUUGAGACGUCCAUGUGCGUCCUAUUUGCGUAAAGAAAAAUCAAAAAGAACCUGCUGGGUCUUGGAUGUCUUGGAACUUCAAGACCGAGUAGCUCUUUUAUGAUUUUUCUGUACAGACGUGAGACAUGGGCAAUGCCCUGUAGAUCCUGUAGUGGUCGGUCAGCAGGCAUAGUGGCGCCUCUUUCAAGCCAUGGCUCAGAGGCGCUUGACCAGGCGUGUUCCAAUCAAGAUUCGAACGGCAGGAUCUGCUGAGUGUUGUAGCUCUGAGGAGCCUCACCUGUACCUGCAUUAUACGGUACAGAUUGCAUUGGUAGUGUGGGGAAAUGUUAAAGUUUGGCAGCCAAAAA